AUGUCGGGUGGGCUUCUGAUUGCGCUGCAGAGCGACUCCUAUGUGGAGCUCGGCUGGUACCGUGACCAGCAGUUCCGAGGUAAAAUGGAAGACCAAGAAAAAUUAUUAAAGAAAAGCUGCACUCUGUGUGUCGGGAACCUGUCCUUUUACACCACGGAGGAACAGAUCUACGAACUCUUCAGUAAAAGCGGGGACAUUAAGAAAAUAAUCAUGGGCCUGGAUAAAGUAAAGAAAACAGCCUGCGGCUUCUGCUUCGUGGAGUACUACUGCCGUGCCGACGCCGAGAACGCCAUGCGGUACAUUAAUGGGACUCACCUGGAUGACCGGAUCAUCCGCACAGACUGGGAUGCAGGAUUCCGAGAGGGCAGGCAAUAUGGAAGGGGACGGUCUGGGGGCCAGGUGCGAGAUGAGUACAGACAAGACUACGAUGCUGGGAGAGGAGGUUAUGGGAAAACAGUGCAAAAUCAGUGAGUGAUUUAAGUCCAUCACUUGAAAAAAACAAAACAACUCGACCUUCUUGGCCGAUCCUGAUGGUUCUGAAAACAAACUUUACACAAACUGUAAUUU